AUAUCAUUUCCGGCAAAACAGACGUCUGCGCAUUUACACUGCUAAAGUGUUGAUUUCCGGAAAUAGGCCACGCCCAGCAGCUGUCGACAACUUCCGGUAAAAGGAGACAUGGAGCCCAGUGGUCAGGACAUCAACCUUAACUCUCCCAACAAAGGUUUGCUGACAGACUAUGUAGCAGAUGUACCUGUGGCUCCCACUGGGGGGCUUGUCCCUGCUGAUGCUGCUGGGAUGGCAGUGUUGCCAGAGGGCCUGACAGAAGCUGAGGCUGAGGAGCUUCGCAGUGAGUUGCUGAAGGUGGAGGAGGAAAUCAACACCCUGCGCCAGGUUCUGGCUGCCAAGGAGAGACAUUCCACUGAGCUUAAGAGGAAACUGGGCCAGACCCCCCUAAAUCAGCUGAAGAUGAACUUGUCCAAGAGCCUUCAGGAGGUGCAGAUGUCAAACGCUUAUGUAAAAACAUCAGAGAAACUUGGCGAGUGGAACGAGAAAGUGACCCAGUCUGAUGUCUACAAGAAGACCCAUGAGACCCUGUCACAGGCAGGGCAGAAAACUUCUGCAGCUUUGUCUAACGUGGGGACAGCUAUCACCCGGAGACUGGGAGACAUGAGGGCUUUCCCUUUCUCUCAGUCAUUUAGCAGCUACUCUAUCCGCCACUCCAUAAGCAUGCCUGCCAUGAGGAACUCACCCACCUUCAAAUCGUUUGAGGAGCGUGUGGGAAGCCUAAAGAGCCGGGUGUCCCUCGGAGGAGGAGAAAGCGACAGCAGCAACUUGCACUCUCCGGAUAACAAGUCACAGGACUCCGCUCCCUUCUAGGCCUUGCUCUCCAUACUGUGACCCAAAAGAACAUGAUUGUUUCCCAGCCACUCCCCUUCCUGUUUCUCUGGCUCUCAGCCUGGGAAUCCCUCCGUUUAAAUGGAAACUUUAAGAAUAGCCUUAGGACAUUAUCUGCAUUGCUGCUGCUGCCUGUAGGGGGAGCAAGUCACAUGGAUGGGGCUGGGGUCGGGGUUGCUGCUGCCUAUAAGGGGUGCACUUCACAUGGGUGGGGCAGCAAGAUGCAUGUUCAUAAAUAUGAAACUAAAACAGCCUCCUUCUAAUAGAUUUGGUAGGGGUGGGGCUACUCUGUUGGGUGGGACUAGGUGGUUAUGUUAUUGUGAUCUAACCUAGUGUGAGGUUAUUGACAAUAAAGUGGAAGAGAGAUGGUAUUCCGUUAUGGGAGGUGCUUGAUAGGACGCUGUUGGUGUGGCUAGAGAGACACUAGAUGAGUUAUUUUGGGAGAUGCUUGUUGGACUGCUUGGGUGGGUCUAGGGAGUAACCAAGGAGGGUGAGGUUGUGGGAGGUGCUUGAUUAGAAUGGUAUGGGUGGGGUUAUAGUAAAAUGAGAGAAGGUGCUUUAAGGGUUAGAAUCCUUAUUUUCAUAUUUAUGGGAACUGCCAUAUUGCUUGCCUCUGUACGGCACUGCCCACUGAUAAGCUUUAAUUCCCUGUAGGUAGCUUGAUGCCAGGCAAGCAUUAUGCAACUCAUGUGAUGUACACUUGUACCCAGACUUCCCUUUAAAUGCAGGAAUCGACAGCUUCUUUGAUUUAGUUUCCCUUUAAAUAGCAGGCGCAGUUGUUCUGUGACACCCCCAACUUGAUGUAAAUCCUAAAACAGGAUGAAGGCGGGGAUUCUGGAUGCAAAUCAUCUCCUAAUUUAACCCUUUUCCUUCCUAUAGGAUAUUCAGACUUGUUGCCCAGGGCAGUGAGAUUGCCCACUGGGUGUGACCCCUUUUCAUACCGAUAAUUUGUGAAUAGGAAACACUAUCAAGCAACUGGCGGGUUUAUCCCAUAUUGUCAGGAAGCCCUGAGGCUAUUUUUGAUUUGAUUUAACCCCCUGCUCACCAGAGAAGGGUGCAAGUUUAUUCUAACUUUGUCUUUUUUCUUUCUCUGUGAUACUUGAACUGCACUGCUUACUAAGCGGGACCACAGGUGCCCCCAUGCAAAUGCUGUAAAGACCAUAGAUAUAUAGAUAUAGAUAUAUAUAUAUAUAUCUAUAUAUAUAUAUAUAUAUAUAUAUAUAUAUAUAUAUACACACACACACAGAACUCUUUUCAUCCAUGCAGUGUCAUUUAUACUGUGUAUCAUUCUGUAUUGCUGCUGUUCUGUCCGUGAGAGAGAGAGGGUGUAAUUAGAACUGCUGGAAAUUAUAGAAAGGAGCAAAGCUGAUUGGUUUAUGUUUUGCAUAUGGAGGGGCUUUACUUUAGGAUCAUGGGAAGGAUUGCAUCACCUCUGGUUUUUAUUGCUGGGAACUGUAGUUCAUUGACAGGUAUAGGGGCCACAGAUGAGCACUCCUUGCCCCAGGGGUAAGUGUGUGGCCCCACUCUCUAUUGUCUUCUCUGUACUGUGCAUUGUUGUUCUCCUAUCACUGUGUAACAUAUAACCAAAGGCAUCACAUCUUGCUGGCACCUGCACUCCCCUUCCUGGGGAGCAAUAGUGGCGCCCCCACUAAUUUCAGGCAUGCAGGUUUUAUCUACAAAAUGUGUUUGUACCACAAAUCCCUCAACUGAAGGGGAGAGGCCACAGCUCUGUAAGUGGCUCCUUCCUCUCUUUAGGGGGCUCUAUCAAUAAAGCAUUUAAUAGGAA